AUGGACAAAAUAGCUAUUUUGGAAACUUUCCUGAGCUGCCGUGUGUGUUCAGAGACUUUCAGAGAUCCAGUGUCUCUGAGCUGCAACCACAGCUUCUGUUCAAGCUGCCUGAAGGAAUUCUGGGGACAAACUGAAAACAGGAACUGUCCCACCUGUGAAAGAAAAUCUUCCAAUGAAUUUCCACCAGUGAAUAUGAUUCUGAAGAACCUGGCUGAUUCUUUUACUGGAAGGCAGGUAUCUGGACCAUCAGAGACGGAGAAAGGAGAAAAUCAGUUGAUAGUGGUCUGCAGUGAACACCAAGAAGACCCUAAAUCCUUCUGUAAAGACGAUCAGAGAGCAGUUUGUCCUGUCUGCGAGUUUUCUCUCCAUCAGAGUCACAAAGUGGUUCCUCUAGAACAAGCAGUCAGUGAACUGAAGGAGAAGCUGAAAUCUGACUUAAAGCCUCUACAGGAAAAGAACAACAAAUACAAACAAGUAGAGAAAACAUAUGAUAAUAUGCUUCAACACUCCAAGGAGCAGCUGUUGUCCACAGAGACACAGAUCAGAGCAGAGUUCAAAAAGCUCCACCAGUUCCUGAAAGAGGAAGAGGAGUCUAGACUGGCAGCUCUGAGGGAGGAAGAGGAGCAGAAGAGGAAGACUAUCAGCAUAGAGAUGAAGAGGAUUCAGGAGCAGAUCUCCUCUCUGUCAGACAGUAUCUCUGCUGUUGAAGAAGACCUGCAGAAAAACAACCUGUCGUUCCACAGCAGCUAUAAAGCCACUCAGAGCAGAGCCAGAGCACAGAGCUCACUGUCAGAUCCACAGCUGCUCUCAGGAGCUCUGAUAGAUGUGGCCAAACAUCUGGGCAACCUGUCCUUCAGAGUCUGGGAGAAGAUGAAGGAGAAGGUCCAGUUCUAUCCAGUCAUUCUGGACCCAAACACUGCUAAUGGAUGGCUCCAUCUGUCUGAUGAUCUGACCAGUGUGAAACAUCGAGACACAAAGCAGGAGGUUCCUGAUAAUCCAGAGAGAAACACCAAAUAUAUUGAGGUCUUUGGUUCUGAUGGCUUCAGCUCUGGACAGCACAGCUGGGAGGUGGAGGUGGGAGACCAUCCUGUUUGGCUGGUAGGUUUGGUUAAAGAAUCUGUUAACAGAAAAAAAUAUAAAUGUGCUUCAUCAGAAUACGGGGUUUGGUGUUUAUGGCAUGAUGAUGGAGAAUAUGCUAACGGUGAUGGUCAGCCUCUCUCAGUGAAGCAAAGUCUCCAGAGAAUCAGACUGACCCUGGGCUAUGACAGAGGGGAGGUGUCCUUCUAUGACCCUGAAGACAUGAGCCUCAUCUACACUUACAGAGACACUUUCACUGAAAAGCUCUUCCCGUAUUUUAGUAUAGGAGCAGCUGGUGAUGCCAAAACAUCUGAGGUCAAAAUAAAUGUCGCUUAG